UAUAGAUAGGGGUGAACAGGAAUCUGGAAAGGGGCAAGGGCCAUAAAUCGGAGAUGGAUCUAUACAAGGCAAAGAAUGGGCUCAAGGCAACGUCAUACAACAAAUCCAAGUCUUCGAAUGGGCUUGGGAUUGUACAGCCAAUGCAGAGGGUCGCCGAGAAUAUAGAUACGGAUGACAUACCAUUGAGGCGCAACAGAUCCGUCCGUAGGGAGAAGCGUGCUCGGCGGAGAAGGCAAAUGAUCAUGGCUGACUCUAGUGAGGAGUCUGAUAGAUGAGGGAGUAUCAAUAGCGAUACUAUUCUACUACAAGGAGUAAUUUACCUACUCGUGGGAAGCACACCCACACCUGCAUCCUACAAAUUCGACUCCUGUGACGUGUCUUAUCGAUGAGUGGGGGACCUAAUUGCGUGGUUGUAUUGGGACAAAGGUCUGUUUACCCUCUUCGGGGUACAUUUAUAUCCAUCGACCGUCCUGAUAUAAGAAUCACAGUCGACCACACUGUCAUCGUAAAACAUUAACAGUUGAACACCCACUUACGGGUAAAAUAUACAUUGUCAAAGUAUGCAAUUCAAGAAGGGAGCCUGGCGUACGGGAUAAAAAUAGUGCGGUAUCUUCACAAGUCAGGGAGUUAAGUAUGAACUUACAGAUGAUUAGCUCGCGCCAUCUAAAAUAAAGAGCCACUCUGAAUGGCUGUCUUUCGAG